AAAAUUGCUCGCAGCUCGCGACAGCAUAGAUGAGCUAGCGGCAUCAUUACGCCGUCGCAGCAUCCGCACUGAUCGACUGGACCAUCGCUUCGCGGCGCGCGCUGCUCUGCAACACCUCUGGAGCAGCGCUGCUGAACGCCGUCGACGCAACGCGAUGGCGGCGCGCGAACCGCUGAAACACCGCCGGAGAAGAGCACGGAGAAUCGCCUGCGUCCUCGGCACCAUCGUCGCCACCGCCGCGUCGACCACCGCAUGGGUCCUCCUGAGACGGCCGAAGCACACGACGAAGUCCUACAAAGCGCCGAAACCGGUAACCUACAGCGAGUUCGAGAAGCAGGGGCCCUGGGUGCCUUUACCUGAUGCGAGACGACUGUUAAAUGUCAAGCACGGCGCCUGGAUUCUAGAUAAGCGCGAUCUACCGCAGCUCACGAAGGACAUGUCCAAGGAAGCUUUUAGCGACGCGUUGGUCGCCAAGAUCACGGAGGAGCUGUGCAAGGCCUGGCCGCCUAGAGUGGUUCCUGGCUUCGCCUCGGCAUUGUAUGACACAGUCCUGAAUGCCUGGCAGUACCGACCGAAGGCUUUGUUACCAGUACAGGAGAAGAAAGUAGCGUUCCUCUUCUUGGUCGGUUCCAACGUCGCGACGGAGCCCAUCUGGCGGAGUUUUUUCGCGAGCGAUGAAGCGAAGAAACGCUCUUCUAUAUAUGUACAUCCGCCGCGCGGCUUCGCCUUCCCGGCAGGCCACUUCUUCGAGGACCAUGUGAUCAAGCAGGAGCAUCGCUAUGAAGUGAAGUGGGCGUCCUUGCAGAUGGUCCAUGCCGAGUUAGUUUUGUUGUCCUACGCGCUGCGAGAUCCGGCGAACGAACGCUUCGUCCUCCUCAGUGAGACGGACGUGCCGCUCUGGCCCUUCGAGUGCACUUAUUCCGUGUUGUUUGCGUCUGAGCUCAGUUUCCUGGAAACGAAGAAGUCUGACAUGCGCUUUUCGACGCUCUACGAGUUCAGAAACACGACGCGACCGCACGUACAAGAUUGGAGGAAGGGCUCGCAGUGGUUUGCGCUUACCAGAUCACAUGCUCAGAAGCUCGCCAACCAGAACGGCAUCCGCAAGUGGUACGUCGCGUUCGCUAGAAAACAAUUACGACGACGGAAGCUGCGGGACCAGCUCGGCGACUGGGGGAGAAUAUCGCAUACGAUCCAGAAGCCACCCUUCGCCGACGAGCACUACGUCCAGACGUCGCUCGCGAUGGCCAACGAAGAAAGGAGUGUAUUACCGGUGUCGCUGACCUUCGCGCGCUUCGGGAUCAAGGACCACGUGACGGUCUGGGGCGACGGCGGGGAAAGGCCGUUCCGCCUCGAAAGCAGCGAGUGGCACGCCGUGCAGUUCGGGGCCUUGUCCAUGGAGACUUUGGAGAAACUCCACGAAUUGUGUGCGUUCGACGUCGGCGCGACGGGGCCUGCGGAUGACGACGAAGAAGUGGCCGCGUCACGACCCGCGCGGAUCUUCCGAGGCGCGUACCGACCGGAGAAGCUGCGGUGCGGCCUCGUCACGGACAAGAAGUCAGAGCGAGCCUCACCGUGCUACUUAUUUGCGCGAAAAUUACAUUCCGAGGCCGUCGACUUCUACUCGCAACUGAGCUCGGAAUUUUUUUUGGCGAAGCAAAACGUCACUCUAGCUCGGAAGCUGACCGAAGCUAGGAAACACCAGCGGCGCGACGCGGCGUCGGAGACGCGUCGGGCCCUGUCGGGGACCGGAAGUGUACCUCCGGGCAACUACGCGCGGCGUCACAUGGACGCGGUGUUGGCCGCUUUGCCGGCCGAGGUGCUCGGGCCGCUGCGGGCGCGUUCGCAGCAUGUGGGUUAACUAGUG